AACGUGCGACCGUUACGACGAGACUGCGUUGUUUGUGAAUGGUUUUGGUUAGUUUCGCUCGUUUUUAAACAAACUGUAUUUUGUUUGUAGUCUGUUACCCGUGCCGUGUUCCGUUGUGAAGGGUAGGAACGCGUUUAUAAGAUGUCUUUAGCGGACGAGCUGCUGGCAGAUUUGGAGGAAGCAGGAGAUGAAGGUGAAGAUGGACUGUAUCCAGGAGGGGAAGGCGAGGAGAGUGAUGGCGAAGACAGAGAGAGAGAGGACAAUGGAGGCCUGGAAGACAUACCAGAGGAGAUGGAACUGGACUACAGUGGGGCAGAAAGCGUGUCGUCCAUCGCAAAGUUACGAAACAGCAAAUCAUUUUCUGAAAUCAUGGAGAAGAUUUCUCAGUAUGUAGGGAAUCCACGCAAUAACACAGAUGUAUCCGGCCCUGUGGAAGCAGACCCCGAGUACCGGCUCAUUGUUGCUGCCAACAACCUGACUGUGGAAAUCGAUAACGAAUUGAAUAUUAUUCACAAAUUUGUCCGUGACAAAUACUCCAAGAGGUUCCCAGAGCUGGAGUCCCUUGUGCCCAGUUCCCUGGACUACAUUAGAACAGUGAAGGAGCUGGGAAACAACCUGGAAAAGUGUAAGAACAAUGAAACGCUACAGCAGAUCCUUACCAAUGCUACCAUCAUGGUGGUCAGCGUCACAGCUUCCACAACUCAGGGAACCCUACUGGGUGAGGAGGAGCUCCAGCGACUGGAGGAAGCAUGUGACAUGGCUCUUGAGCUUAACCAAUCAAAACACAGGAUCUAUGAGUAUGUGGAGUCAAGAAUGUCCUUCAUUGCUCCCAAUCUGUCCAUCAUAGUUGGGGCAUCCACUGCUGCAAAACUGAUGGGAAUUGCUGGGGGACUGACCAACUUGUCUAAGAUGCCGGCAUGUAACCUGAUGCUGUUGGGCGCUCAGAGGAGAACUUUGUCUGGGUUCAGCAGCACCUCUCUGCUCCCUCACACUGGCUACAUCUACCACUGUGAUGUGGUACAGUCUCUUCCUCCGGACUUAAGAAGGAAGGCAGCCCGUCUGGUCUCAGCCAAGUGCACUCUGGCGUCUCGUGUGGACAGUUUUCAUGAGAGUGCUGAUGGCAAGGUGGGAUAUGACCUAAAGGAGGAAAUCGAGAGGAAAUUUGACAAGUGGCAGGAGCCCCCACCAGUCAAACAAGUCAAGCCCCUUCCAGCACCACUGGAUGCUUCAAGGAAGAAGAGAGGUGGCAGGAGGUAUCGUAAGAUGAAGGAGAGAUUGGGGCUCACAGAGAUCAGGAAACACGCAAACAGAAUGACCUUUGCUGAGAUUGAGGAUGAUGCAUAUCAGGAGGAUCUGGGCUUCAGUCUGGGUCAGCUGGGGAAGUCUGGAAGUGGCCGAGUGAGACAGGCUCAGGUCAACGAUGCCACUAAGGCCCGCAUCUCCAAAUCCCUUCAGCGAACAUUGCAGAAGCAGAGCAUGACCUACGGUGGGAAGUCUACAGUCAGAGACAGAUCUUCAGGAACAAGCUCCAGUGUGGCAUUUACCCCACUACAGGGUUUGGAGAUCGUCAACCCACAGGCUGCAGAAAAGAAGGUGGCUGAAGCAAACCAGAAGUACUUUUCCAAUAUGGCAGAGUUCCUCAAGGUCAAGAAGGAGGGAAAUGAAAAGUCGUGAGCGUGAAAAUUUCAUCUUUUGUCUCUUGUGUCGAUACAAGGCAUGGUCAGGUACCUUCUGAGGACGUUUCCACUGUAAGAAGAACCUGUGUGUUUCCCAUUUGUUUAUUUGAAAGAUUUUUUCCUUUAGUUAUUUUUUAAUAAAUGUUGAAUUUACAGCUGUUA